AUGGUGGUUCAUGUAUUAGGGAAAGCAUUCAAGGGGAAACAAGUCAUUAAUAUAGCUUUAGCUUCUAAGAUAUAUGGUAUCGGGUUAGCGACUGCUACCAAGAUAUGUUCCAAAUUAGGGUUUUAUCCAUGGAUGAGAAUGCAUCAAUUAUCUGAAUCACAGAUAUUGAAUCUAAAUAAUGAAUUGUCUAAUAUGACUAUUGAGGACGAUGCAAGGAGUAAAAUUCGUGCUAACAUUGCAUUAAAGAAAAAGAUUGGUUCUUAUCAAGGUUUUAGACAUGAGCAUCAUUUGCCUGUUAGAGGCCAGAAAACUAAGAAUAAUGCCAUGACAGCAAGAAAAUUAAAUAAAUUGAAUAGAUUGGGUUAA